UACAGUACAGCACAUCCAUUCAAUGUAACUGACUCCACUGUAAACGGGCAGUUCAAGAGUAUCUGGUUCAGGGGGCCGUCAGGGUGCCAAAUUCCGCGCCUCGCGUCUGCGACGAGCCGUGCGUGUUCCAACCCGACGUUGGUGCACUCUUCCAGGGCGUCGCCGACCUUUGAUAUCGCGCGAUUUGCCCAGUUCACCACUGCACGCCGUACGUACUUGGGCUACCGGCAGUACGUUCCUCGGAGCCGCCUGCCUGCCUUGAGGUAGGGUCGUUCUCGUCGGCGACAGCAUGGCUCGCGAUAUUCGGGGACGGGCUUUCCAGCGGCUUGCUGCAAUCGCAGCCACCAGCCCGUCCACUUCGUUCGACAAGUCCGACCUUGAUGCGCUGUGCAGAGCUGUCCCAAACCGCCAGGUUCCGGCGCCUGCUGUCAACGGCCACAGCAAUGCCUCGCUUCCCACGCCUGAGGUCGGCCGUGUUCCCAUGACAAUCCGCGAGUACGAGAUCCUCCUAGCUCUCUGCAGAACAGCGCCGUCCCUGCGGAACCCCCAGUGCGCCCAGAAGCUGUCUCGCCAUCUCGUGCCUUACCUGCUAGACGCCCAUAUCCAGACCUUCGCUUCUUCGCCAUUCUUCCGCAAUGUCGAGCCGUCUCCGACGGAGUCCUUGAGCUUCCACGUCACCGCUGCCCUGCUUACUUUGGGCACGCAGCAUGCAGACGUGCAGCAGUCCGUCUCCGACGGCAUAUCUGCCUUCCUCCAUGUCUGUGCCCGUGCCACCGAGAGCGUUUCGCGCGCCGACGACGACGACCCGGGGGCGGCGGAGGAUGCGGCUCGCACUGCCACCAUUGCCAUCGCGCUCUUGGGCUUCUUGGAGGCUGCCUGUGCCCAGGCGUAUUUUUGGCGAUCCGGCGGCCGUCUUGGCCUGGUUAUGCGUGUGCGCGAUCUCCUUUCGCCGCCUUUCCUCGUUGCUGUCGAGGCAGCUUUUUCCACUAUCCGGAAUACCCACUCCCACGAUCGCCAUGUCAGGGAAUGGAAACGAUGGGUGCGCCACUACGAGGAUGUCGGCCGGCCGCUGGGGGCCCUGCUCCUGCAGCGCAGCUUCAUGAGGCUGCUUGUGGCUACCACAUCACUCUUGAUCGCCGAGGAAGACGCUCUUCGCCAGUCUCACAUCCUCGACAUCAUGAUGUCCGGCAAUGGUCUGCGCCGGCCGUUGACUGGUCGUAGCGCUGAGGCUGAUUUCCGUUCUGUCGAGCUGUAUGCCACGGUCGCCAUCGACCAGAUGAAUGAUUUGGAAUCCAGCGCCGAUUUCGACAGCCUCUCGCCGGCCAAACAGAGGCUCGCCUUUUCCGUCAAGGCAUGUGCGCUGAUCAGCUAUCUCAACGCGUGUACCCUCAACGAGGAAGCUGCCGACAGCGAGGUUUUAAUGGCCUGGCUCGAGGACGCGCUGGGCGAUGUCGCGGGCAUGGCCGACGACGAGCUCGCAUUUUCUGUUCUCAAGUCCAUGGCCCUGCUCUGCAGGGUAUCGCCUUCGUACGCCAUCAAUGUCAGCCGACUCCUCCCGCGCUUCAUCGUCCAGACCGGCGCCAGGAGCCAGAUGGUUGCAGUGGCCUCGAAGUCCCUUGCCUUCGUGCUGCAAAUGCUUUCGAAAGAUGCCGUCAUCACCACUUUGUAUACCCUUGGCAACGUUCUGGGUCCUGCAAACGACCGACCCCUUACCAACGGGGGCGGCGCGCCCGACGGUCAGGAUCCCUCUCACGUUUACGGAGCCAGACACUCUACCGGCAGCUCCAUCUCUCUGCAGAUAUCCGGAGAGGAAGAAUCGUCAAUUGUCCAGGGAAACGUUGUGCAAGCCAUUUGCGAGAUCGCGAGCGCCUCCAGAGACGAGAAGAUCACUGGUCUUGCUCAGUCGAUGCUCGCACAGAAAAUCAUCAAACUCAGUAGCCCUCUCGAUGCCCGGAUUAUCACGGGUGCUGCUGCUCUCGCCCUCAGCGGCGGCCAGUCCGAGUUCCGCUAUCUCCUCAAGAGGUACGCUGCCGUUGCACACGGCGCCCUGUUGGAUAACAGGGAGGGGAUAUUGCAAGCGGUCAUGAAAGCUCGGAAUCAUAUCUCAGCCCAUGUCCAGCGAGAUUCGCCCCUGUUUGAUAUUUACUUGGAACACUUGCUCGACGGCAUCAUUUCGCAAGGCGACGCCCACGCCCAUGAGAGCCAUCACACCAAGGAGUCGGACGUAGAGCUAGCUGCACGAGAGAUCGCCCAGUUGCUCCCUCCGCUUGCCAUCUUGAUGUCUUCCAACCCUUCGACAUUCGGCGAGGAAUGUGAUGACGACACUCGCUCCAUGCUUCGCGAUGCGUGGUUCAACAUUGUUGUCCAUGGCUUUACUCCGUCCACCGAUCGCGGGAAGCAGAACCUAAGACACCUCCGGCUCAUGGCUAUCUACUCUCCGCCGUUGGUGUCCGAGAACCGCGGGGAAGAGGACGAGAGCGACAUCGACCUCAACCCCAUCCUCCGCAGAGGCGAGACCUCCGAGCGGGAGUCCCUGCAAAAGAAGCUCCUUGCGGAGCUAAUACCCUCGCGAAGCAGCGAGAUCAAAGGGCUCAGCUAUCGCAAGACAAUAUUCUUGCAAGCUGCCUGCCUCGUCGAGAGCCUCCGGGCGGACUCCGGUGACUGCACCCAAGCCCUGUCCUACUUCUUCGAGCCCAUUAUGCGGCGGGGGGAUGUGAGCCGCACCAUGGAUGCCAUCAUGAACGCCGUCAUGGACCGGUACCUGUACAAAACCAUCAACGCCGCCAACCCUACCUUCUCCGCCCAGUAUGCUGCAGCACAGCUGGCCAAGAUAUUCCGCGGCUGCUGCCACCGCAUAGAACGUGUGCAACAGGCCGCAUUCGGCUGCGCCGAUCGCCUAGUAGAGUCCAUACCGUCGGCCCUUUGUCAGCGAUCCUCCCUCUUCACUCUCCUCGAGCUCCUGUCAUUGAUGUGGUCCAGCUGCUUGGAGGCGGAGACAGACCGGUACGAACCAAGGACCACCUUCAGAUCUUCACGGGGGGACGUUGUUGUCGAGCUCUCAGACGACUACCACUUCAGGCAGUUGACUCUCGAGAACCUUCACAAGAAGGCAAAGCUCUGGCUGGCGAGGGCCAUCGACAUCGCGCCUGCCGACGUGAAAGGCCUGUUGCAGACCUACCUGUCCGAAUUUGACGACGAGAGCGGCUAUGGUCACAUGUCCCUCGGCAGGUCGUUCGCCGUCGAGGUUGGCUCGACAAUCCCGUCAACCGACCAACAGCUGUCCUCGCUAGACAUGCUCGGGGGCUGUCCGAUCAACACUGCCUCCGGCUUCAUGGCUCAGUAUACGACACGGCAGGAAUACCGGUACUCUGAAGCGCCGCCCGAUCGGAGUCCGGAAUGGCUUGGCUUGAUGCGCGUGGACCGGGGAGCAUCACUUCUCCCGUCGUCCGACAGCGAGAGCGCCGAUGUCCUAACGGCUCUUUCCCUCGCUGAGAAGCGCGUCCUCAGCCGGAAGAGCACUUCGCUAGCAGAUGUGAGAGCCGUACUCCGACGCGCCGCCGCUCUCCUCUGCCGAUGCGAGCAUGACGGAUGCGCACUCGUCUACCACCUCGUCAGCAUCCCGUUUGCCAUGUUCACCAAGCAGUCGAUCAAGCUUGGUAUCUCCCUUUGGCUAGGCGUCAUGAACGAGAAUCCCAAGAUUGAGCCGCGUAUCCUGGCCGAGAUCGUGCGGCGCUGGGAGUCCAGUGUUCAAAAGAGGCAGGGACUCUUCAGUCCGUCCAUCGCAAAUCCUGAUCCCUUUUUUCUCAAGCAAGAGUUCGCGCCAAGCGACAACGCAGCUCUUGCGAAGCGGAAACAGCUCGUCCACGACCUGCUGGCUCCGCACUCCCUCCUCCUGCAGUUCUUGAGCAGCCACUACAAUGCCACCCGCCUGAGCAGCCCCGACACGCACCGCCUUUUCCUCCGUCUCCUGGAUGUGACGCUGGAGGCGAUCAGAAACUCAACGUCGCAUCCCCUGGCCAGAGAGAUCCGGCUCCAGGUGAUAGUGUUUGGCCUACGGGUUCUCAAGACGAGCAGCACAAUGGGCGCCUUUGCACAGCACCGCCUGAAAGAUCAGAUACUGUCGGCCGGCCUCGGUUGGUUUGACAACCCGGCGCGCUGGUCCUUUGGAAGCAACAUUCUUCAGCUCAAGACUGAGAUUCGCUUGAUUGAGGAUGUCAUGUCUGCUUUGGCGGAGACAGCUAGUGUCGGUGCGCAAUCUGCGGGUUCAACCGGAUCGCUUGCCCUCAAGGAGAGAUUGCUUGUCCUGCUCUUGGAAAGCGAGCGGUUGAGGCUGCAUGUCUGGGUCCGCCCAAUCGAUGGCUCGAGACCGCAGUCGACUCUCCAUCAUGGGAACAAAGAAGGCUCAUUGGAAGCUGCAAUUCAACCCCUCGUUCGGACCGCUUGGGGGGAGAGUCCCUCGUUGGCCGUGCACUUGGCGAGCAGAUUCUCGUACCCGCGGAUACAAAAGGAGAUUCGCUGGCUGCUUCUGAACUUUCCUGCCAAGGCCGCGAGGGAACCGGAGGCGAUCCCUAUCCUCAUUGGCGGUGCCUUGCCCGACGAUGUCAGCUUCCAGCUCAAGUACUUACUUUUCUGGGCGCCGGUCAACCCGAUCACUGCCGUAUCACUCUUCCUGCCGGCUUACCGCAACCAUCCUUAUCUGAUCCAGUAUGCAAUGAGAGCACUGGAGAGCCACUCGGUCGAUGUGACGUUCUUCUACGUGCCGCAAAUCGUCCAAACGCUUCGAUACGACGCCUUGGGCUAUGCUGAACGCUAUAUCCUUGAAACUGCCCAAUUCUCACAGCUCUUUGCUCAUCAGAUCAUUUGGAACAUGAAGGCAAACGCCUACAAGGACAAUGAUGCCCAAAUUCCCGACUCCAUCAAGCCGACGCUCGACAAGGUGAUGGCCCACAUGAUUGACAGCUUCUCUCCUGCCGACCGCGAGUUUUACGAACGCGAGUUUGCCUUCUUCGACGAGGUCACGAGCAUCUCGGGCAAGCUCAAGCCGCUGAUUAAACGCUCGAAGCCCGAGAAGAAGCAAAAGAUCGAGGAGGAGCUGCGGAAGAUCAAGGUUGAGGUCGGCGCGUACCUGCCUAGCAAUCCCGACGGGGUGGUCAUUGGAAUCGACCGCAAGUCGGGCAAGCCGCUACAGAGCCAUGCCAAGGCCCCCUUCAUGGCGACCUUCCGCAUUAGGAAGAACAGGCCCGGCGCGGACGAGGCCGAGGAGAUGCUCGACGAGGGCGGCAAAGGCGGCAAGUCAGGCGCUCAGGGAAACACGAUCGAGGUCUGGCAGUCGGCCAUCUUCAAGGUUGGCGAUGACUGUCGCCAGGACGUCCUCGCUCUCCAGAUGAUUGCGGCCUUCCGGGGGAUCUUCCACAGCGUCGGCCUCGACGUCUUUGUGUUUCCUUACCGCGUUACCGCUACUGCACCGGGCUGUGGCGUCGUCGACGUCCUCCCGAAUUCCAUCUCGCGCGACAUGCUCGGUCGCGAGGCCGUCAACGGGCUCUACGAUUACUUCGUUUCCAAGUAUGGCAACGAGGAUUCGCUCCGGUUCCAGCAGGCGCGGAACAACUUCGUCAAGAGCAUGGCUGCCUACUCGGUCAUCUCGUUCCUUCUUCAGUUCAAAGACAGACACAACGGCAACAUCAUGAUCGACGACGCCGGGCACAUCCUCCAUAUCGACUUCGGGUUCUGUUUUGACAUUGCGCCCGGCGGCAUCAAGUUCGAGCGUGCUCCAUUCAAGCUCACAUCCGAGAUGGUCGCCGUGAUGGGCGGCAGCCCUGAGCACCAAGCCUUCAAGUGGUUUGAGGAGCUUUGCGUCAAGGCCUUCCUGGCCUCGCGGCAGUACAGCGAGAAGCUCUCGCAGAUCGUCCUGCUCAUGAUGGACAGUGGCCUGCCGUGCUUCAAACCAGAAAGCGUCAAGCACCUGAGGGAGCGCUUCGUUCUGGAGAAGAGCGAGCGCGAGGCCGCCGAGUUCAUGAGAGGGCUCAUCAGGCGGAGCUAUGGGAGCUAUUCUACGGGCAUGUAUGACCAGUUCCAGCUCCUGACGAACGGCAUCCCUUAUUAGGGUGGGGCGGUGGAUAGGGUGUUGCGAAGUGCGGGUUAGAGGUGCUUUUUGUUUACUAUUGGUCACUCGGUUCCUAUCCAAGAAACCGCUGCGGACGUAAUAAUAUAAUGGACUGGCCACAAAGAGAGAUCCCUACCUAUCCAACUGGACGUCACCACAUAUGCGUCGGCACCCCCGCACACCGAGGAAACGACCUGGG